AGUCGUUGGUAGUGGAAAGGGAUCGCGCAUCCCGCUCUUCGCUUCCUCCUUUUCGUGAGGUGAGAGAACAGCGCCAAACAUGCCUCUUGCACGUGAUCUGCUACAUCCCUCGCCGGUGGAGGAGAAGAGGAAGUGCAAACUGAAGAGGCUUGUACAGCAUCCCAACUCCUACUUCAUGGAUGUCAAAUGCCCAGGUUGCUACAAGAUCUCCACCGUCUUUUCCCAUGCCCAGACAGUCGUAGCUUGUGUUGGGUGCGCGACUGUCCUCUGUCAGCCCACAGGUGGAAAGGCAAAAUUAACAGAUGGAUGCUCGUUCAGACGAAAGCAGAAUUAGAUGUGAUGAGAAAAAAUCCCUCUCGUUGUGAUGCCUUUGUGAGCUGUCAUGAUCUUUUGAGACAGAAUAAAAGAGUUCCAUGAGAGGUUA